AUGUCCAUGACUAACGACCCAGACCAACAACCCACCCUCAGCUUCUCAGAGGACGACGGCAACGAACAGGGCUCCUCGAGCAAAGCUGCAAAUUCAAAGCGCGGCUCCAGAGCGUGCGACCGCUGUCGCAAAAUCAAGAGCAAGUGCGAGCCCGGAGACGGAGAGAAGUGCAAGAACUGCGAAGUAGCCAAUACGCCCUGCACUUUUCAAGGUCCUAGCUUCAAGCGCGGUCCUCCUAAGGGAUACAUACACUCUAUCGAGCAACGAUGGCACCAAGUAGAGUGCAUCCUCGCCACUAUCAUGGAGUCUCCGCGCGCCCAGGAUAUUAUUAACGACCUCCGCGGUGACCCGUUCGCCAAUGGUAUCCUGAACCGCGUCCAGGCCGGCCCUUACGGCUCGAGAAACGUCAUGGGGCAGCAGCCAGAUAUGGGACACGAGAACUUCUACCCCUCGUCUGUCGACGGCUCAGAUACUCAUCCCGCCAGGGAGGAUCGGCGCUCCCGCCGGCAAUCUCAUCCUACCGCGAUGGCUACCCCGACGAAGGAAUGGCAGGAGCAACUAGCGCGGAAACUCGCAUAUGGCAACCAAUGGGCUUACCCUAAUGCAUCUAUGAGCCCAAUUUCUCGCUCUUCGUCUUCUGCGGGUGGUUCGAAGGACUCCGCGAGGACUCGACGACGGCUAGACUACCCUGGUCAACCUAGCGCGCUCUCUCACGUUCCUCAGAACUGGGACAACCUUUACACUUUGACAGACGCGUCACAGGCGGGCGAGCCCAGUACCGUGGAUGAGACUGCGGAGACGUUUGGUCACCUCUCAGUGGACGAGAACCAAGAGUUUCGUUAUCACGGACCGGCAUCUGGCCUCCCUCUGCUUGCGCAAAGUCGGAGGAAGACGGGGGAUGGUCUGCAAGAGAAUAGGAUAUGGAAGUUCAGUCAGUCCGACGUUAACCCUGAGGUAUCCUCUCAUGAUCCGACACAAGAAGAGGAAGAUGCGUCCGUUCAACUUCCUUCCCGGGAUAUGCAAGCACAUCUACUUCGGCUGUACUUCACCUAUGUCCAUCCCUUCUUCCCGGUUGUCCACAAGCAAGACUUCCUUUACCAUUACAAUUCGUACGAGUUCGAGCCGUGCAAGAUACUGCUACUGGCUAUGUUCGCGAUCGCGGCGAGAUAUUCAAGUCUGCCUGAAGAUCACCCUCCUGGCCAGCAUGGAAACCACAUAUCACGAGCGGGGCAGCAAUACGCGGAGGAUGCGCAUAGACUUCUAGACCGAAAGUAUCAGACGAGUCGCCCGUCGACCUGCCAAGCGCUGCUACUUCUUGCUAUCCGCGAAUUCGGCAUGGGUGCCAUGGACAAAGGUUGGCUAUAUAGCGGCAUGGCGUUGCGAAUGGCCAUCGACCUCGGCAUGAACCGAAAUGCCGAUAGCUGGACGUCGGAUGGCAAGACACCUGUGUUCACCGACGUAGAGAAACAGGCCAGGAAGCAUAUCUGGUGGUCAUGUUGCAUUUGUGACAAGCUGUCCGCCGUAUGGCUCGGGAGGCCAAUCACUUUCCGUGCAAACGACUACUCUACGCCCGUUGUGAGCGCUGAUGAGGUCGACGAGACCGAGUUGUGGGAGCCAUAUCCCAGGGAUAGCCUCGGACAUGACUUCGUCCCCCAACCCUCGAGGAUUAUGACCGCCUUCCAAGAAGCGUGUCAUCUAUCGGUUAUCAUCACCGACAUCAUGGAUAAAUUAUACCCAGUGCAGCCGUCGUCCGAGACCCCACGCCGCGUGCUAUUUGAACGGCUCGAAGCACGUCUCAACAAGUGGAAUAUCGGGUUGCCCGAGCACUUGCGCUACACCGCUUUAGACCGAUACGCGAAGCCUCUCCCUCACAUCCUAAUGCUGCAUAUUGAAUAUCAGGCUGCUGUGCUCCUGCUGCAUCGAGCAUUCCUCCCUUCGUAUACCGAGGGUGCUCCCUCGACUGUGCAUGAUGAUCCCCUGCCACUAAAGGCCUUCGAUGUCUGCUCCGGCGCAGCGGUUCACAUCACUUCUAUGGCUAUGAUCUAUAAUGACAGGUUUGGCCUCGAGAAGGCCCCACCCUUCCUGUCGAUCUACCUUCAGUGUGCGGGUAUCAUGCACGUCAUCACGCUGACGCGCCGUGCUUCGGACCCACAGGCCACUCUCGGACUGAGUCGGUGCAUAACGGCGUGCGAGCGUAUGGAGAAACUCUGGCCGACUGCGACCCGACUCCGCUUGCUGCUGGAGGGCGCGAAAGUGCGUUUAGACGAGUCGGCCUACGCUCCCGAUGCCACGCAGGCAGGACGGCCGAAGCGGUCGGUCGAGGAGGCCCUGGGGACCUCCCAAAACCCCGAUACGACGGGACGAGAUAGCUACGCGAUGCCUUCGGCCGACCAGUAUCCCUCGUCCGCCAACACAUCGCGUGCGUGGGACUACGCGCAGACGAUGGGCGUGAGCGCGCAGGGCAUGGACGCGCACGCGUCGACGUUCUACCCCGGGUACCAGUGGUGGCCGCAGCAGCUCAUCACGACAGAGGGCCUCACGCACAUGGCGCUGUCGGCGCCGAUGGACAUUCCUCCCGUCAGCGCGCCGAUGACGUUCAGCUCGCUGCCUGGCCCGUCCAUGUCCGCCCAUGCCCACCAUGUGCCGCACCAGCCUCACGGCAUGGGUCUGCCGCAUCAGCAGCAGCAACAGCAGCACGGACAGCAUGGGCAGCAUGGGAUCCCUCAGGAGCCGUUUACCUUCGGCCAGACGCACCUCUCGCAGGGCUUCACCGACGGCGUCCAGGACGUCAACUACCCCGCUUACGACUACCGCUAUACGCACCCCGGGCACCCCGGGCACAACAUGCCCCCACACCAACAAUGAAGAAACCC